UCCAUAGUGCUGUUCUCGGUGCGCAAUCCGUGAGCACCCUCAUCUUCCUCCUUCCUGCCUCUGAUAUGCCGAAUCCCGUGUUUCCUAGCGUUCUCUGCUAUGCAAUACGGCAUCUCUUCAUAUUGUAUGUCAGGUAGAGCUUCUUGGUUGCUAGCCUGCGCAUUUGCAGUUCUUGUAUUCAUUGUUUGCAUAUAUCAAACUUAUCCACGGUUCCAAUAUCCUUCUGAUGCACGAUGUCGAUGCUCAGAAGAAAAAAGAUCAUCAAUUUGUUUUCAAGCUCUAAACUUUCCCAAUUAACUUCUCAUGAAUUCGGUUUGAUUCCUCAGUCAAAGCAAUAUCCUACGCACCCUUCUUCUGCUUUCCUUAAAACCCUGAACCCUUUUAGGGUUUUGCUAUACUAUGCACCGUAUUCAACGCAGGCCUCCAAAUUUCCCGAGUAUGAGAUGCCAUCUGUUACCUGGGGUGUGAUUCAGGGACGGAAAGAGAAGCUUGUUUCGAGGGUAAUCAUAUUUGAUUAUCUAAAGGGUUUAGGAAUCAUUCCAGAUGAAUUGCAUGACUUGGAGCUUCCUUCCACCGUUGAGGUCAUGAGGGAGCGCGUAGAGUUCCUUCAAAAGUUGGGUUUAACAAUUGAUGACAUUAACGAGUAUCCUUUGAUGCUUGGAUGCAGUGUGAGAAAGAAUAUCAUACCUGUGUUGGGGUACCUAGAAAAAAUUGGGAUUCCAAGGCCAAAGCUUGGCGAAUUCUUAAAAAACUACCCACAAGUUUUACAUGCAAGUGUGAUUGUUGAGCUAGCUCCGGUUAUUAAGCUCCUAAGAGGACUUGAUGUGGAGAAACAGGAUAUUGGAUUUGUGUUGCAAAAGUAUCCUGAGCUUUUGGGGUUCAAACUUGAGGGUACAAUGAGUACUUCAGUGGCUUAUCUUGUUAGUAUUGGCGUCAAUCCCAGAGAUAUCGGUCCCAUGGUGACACAGUACCCUUAUUUUUUGGGGAUGAGAGUUGGGACUGUGAUUAAACCUCUGAUUGAUUACUUGGUCUCGUUAGGGCUACCCAAGAAAAUUAUAGCUAGAAUGUUGGAGAAGAGGCCCUAUAUACUUGGUUACGAUCUUCAGGAGACUGUUAAACCUAAUGUGGAUUGUUUGAUUAGUUUUGGAAUUAGGAAGGAAUCCCUGCCUUUAGUUAUUGCUCAAUAUCCAUCGAUUCUUGGGUUGCCUCUCAAGGCCAAAUUGUCUUCACAGCAGUACUUCUUCAGUUUGAAGCUUAAGAUUGACCCUGAAGGAUUUGCACGAGUGAUAGAGAAGAUGCCUCAGGUGGUUAGCCUUAAUCAACAUGUGAUAAUGAAACCAGUUAACUUCCUCCUCGCAAGGGCAAUACCAUUGCAUGAUGUGGCCAAUAUGUUGAUCAAAUGUCCUCAAUUAAUAGCAGCAAGAGUUGAGCUUAUGAAGAACAGUUUUUACUUCUUCAAGAGUGAGAUGGGGCGACCCAUAAAGGAGCUUGUGGAAUUUCCAGAAUACUUUACAUAUAGCUUGGAAUCCCGGAUCAAACCCAGAUACCAGAAGAUGAAAAGCAGGGGGAUAAGAUUUUCAUUAAAUUGGAUGCUAAAUUGUAGUGACCAGAGAUUUGAAGAGAGAUUGCAAGGUAAUUACAUUGAAACUGAAACUACAGGUCCAUCGUUUUGUAUGGGUGGGAAGUUAGAGCUACCAGGUAAUGAGAUAGUGUCAGAUGAGGAAGAAGAGAGUGAUGACGAAGAACUAUAUAGACGAACUGUCUCUCUUUAGUUAUUUUGAUCAAAUUAAUGAAACAUCUACAAUAUUAUAACUGUCACUUGGCGGACAACAAAUUUGUAUUAGUCUGUCCAUUUUAUGUUGUUGUCUCCAGCAUAUCAUGCCAAUGAUUGACAUGUGAAGUUCUGUCUAUUCAUUGCGUUCCACUGUCUUGGUGGGUGAUGAAGGUCUGAAAGCAGAAUAUGAGAUGAUAUACAUUUUUUACUAUUGUGCCCUCAAACUUAUCUGUUAUUUUGUGCUAAUCAUGCCCGGGUUGAGUUUGGACUUCCUGCGAUCAAGCCAUUCCUGCAUCCUAAUUCAAAUUCUUAAGAACCAGUGUGAGACAAAGAACAUUGAAAUUUUUAUUUCGCCCACUGCUCAGUCUAGUGGAUCGGCAUGAGCCAUGAACAUCAUUCCUCGUAGUGUUGAAGCAACAAGAAGCAAGAGAGUACUCUUAUUUUUCUUUUUGGUCAUAUUUCACAAGUCUUCUUACUGUAAGUUACUUUUGGGGCUCUUGGAAGCCAAGUAGGGUUUUGCCACGGCGCAAUGGAUACAUGAUCAGCAGCCAUGGCAGGGCUUUACUUGUAACCACGCAGAAUUAAGGCUUUUUACAAGGAUUUUCUGCUGUUUCUUGUAUUUAUAUUAAGUAUGUAUCUGAAAUGAAAAGAAUAUAAAGCCCUUCCUGUCACUCUUAUUUUCACGUAGUGAUGGAGGACAUUUUAUUUUUCUAA